AUGCAUCUAGAGCGAAGGCAAGACGAUGCGGUAUCGUCUUCAGCGACGGCUUUACCGUCGAGUCUUCUUCCCUCCACCGCUGCAGCUCCAUCGGGUUCCACAUCUGACCCCGUGUCCGACGCACCACCAACGAUACCAACCAUAAUAUCCGCAGACCCACCCUCAGCACAGAAUCUACCGCAGCCGUUCGACACCAGCUUAGGGAACAACUUCACAAGCCCUGCCUGCCCCAACUUUAUAAGGUCAUUCCGCGACAACAGCACCUUCCUGUCAUGCCUCCCGCUAUCCCUACUCCUCCAAACAUCCAACUCCUUCUUUCAAGUCACCAAGUCCCUCGUCCGUAUCACACAGACUCUCGACGCAUCGUGCAAUGUAGAUUUCAGCGUCUGCAGCGCCAUGAUGGCAGCGUAUGGCCGUGACAUUGUGCAGCCCGACCAUUGCGGUCCUGAUUACCAGAACCGGCAUCCCAUGGUGCUACAGGCAUAUAACGGCUUCGUCGCGUAUCAGUCACUCUAUCAGGCUGGUUGCUUGCGGGACUCGACGGGAAACUACUGCUUCGCGAACGCGAUCACGAACACGACCUCCAACACUGACUCCUAUCCCUACUACCUCCCGCUCGGCGUCGGACUGCCCGGCGGCUCUCGUCCGACCUGCAACUCUUGCCUGCGCGAUACCAUGGCGAUAUUCAACACAGCCGCUGCGAACAGGACCCAGCCAGUUAGCCAAACGUAUAGCGACGCUUCUCAGCAAAUCAAUAUGGGAUGUGGGCCAGAGUUUGCGAACACAACAGUUGCGAAUGGCGCGCCAGCGCUAGGUACGGGCGGAGGGCUUGCGCCGCUGGUCGCAGUCCUCGUAGCUCUGUAUAUGCUAUUCCUGUAA